GGAUAAUAUUGCCAAAAGCUUGGGGAAUUGAUUCUCUUGACUAUCCUUUUUAAUAAAUUUUUCAGAUGUAGAAAACCAACCAUUGUUAGAUAAGAGUACUACAGGUCUUCAGGAAGCUGAUGUAGUAGAUGAGGUUAAAGACUCACCUGAUGCACAUCCUGAGGAGAAUAUGAAUAAAGAAAGAAAUAUGGAAUGCACGAAAGCUCCAACUAUGCCACAGAAAGCACAUUCCCAUUUGCGUGGAGGUUUUGGUGAACAAAUAGGGACCAAAAACGAAAAAAGCAUCAAAAAUAUGAAAGUCAUAAUACGCCCAUCAGAACACGAGACACUAUUGGAUGAUAUCAUUAAUAUAACUUUUGUACCUGAUCUGUCUCUUCAGGAUGAAAAACGAUUUAAAAUGAAGGCCCUAUUUAUGGCUUUGAUAGAAACUGUUGAUACCCACAGAAAGCGAUUAAAUAUUAUUAAUAAGAUAUCAACCGGGUUAAUGAGGCAAUAUUACAGCCAUUUUAUAAUUUCCAAUAUUUCAGCGUUAGAGCGAAGGGGUGACGCUGUGAAUAAACCUGUUAUAAUUGUUCGUCAUGACAUGUCAUACCAACUGCUUAGAACAUUGUUUAAAGCGUCUUCCAUGAUACAUAAGCUGUUGCAUUUAAUGAGUGAAUAUACUAAAUACAAAUCAUACGGUUUGAAGCAAAAGUUAAAAACAGAAAUAGAAACGCCAUUGAACGGAUUAUAUCCCAUACAUAUUGCCUCCCUAUUUCAUAAUGUUCCUGCAGUUGAAUUAUUAUUAGAGCAUGGUGCAGAUGUUAAUGUGCGCAAUGACAAGGGAUGGACUGCGUUGUUACUAGCUGUUGCAUUUGAUAUUAAAAAACACUAUAAGAUAAGAUAUGGAUUUGGUAGAUCGUGUCGAAAGAAAACGAUAUAUACUUUGCUGAAGCAUAAUGCAGAUGUAAAUUUGUGCACAACCUAUACCAGUAGUCCUCUUUGUUUGGCAAUAACGAAUAAUUUCGAUACAGUAGCACAACUUUUACUCACACAUGGAGCUGAUAUUCAUAGAACAGAUAAUAAAGGCAGACAUCCUAUUCAUAUUGCUUGCAUCAGCGGACAUUUAAACACUGUAGAAUUAUUAUUGGAGCAUCAAUGCAAUGUUGAUGCAAGAGACCACAAGAACGAAAGUGCCCUUAUAAAAGCAUGUAGAGGAGGAUUUACCGACAUAGUCAGGACGCUGAUUCAAAAUAAUGCUAAUAUCAAUCUUUGUAAUCAUAAUGAAAUAAGUCCUCUGAGCAUCGCUUGUAUGAAUGGACAUUAUGACAUUGUUAAAUUAUUAAUUAGCACUAAUGCUGAUGUUAAUCUAUGUGAUAAAUACAACCGGAACCCUAUAUCAUAUACCUGUUCCAAUGGUAAUAAAAGAAAAGCAUAUAACCAUACAAUUACAAGACUUUUACUCACACAUGGAGCUGAUAUUCAAAGAAGAGAUAAUAAAGGUAGAUGCCCUAUUCAUAUUGCUUGCAUCAGCGGACAUUUAAACAUUGUGGAAUUAUUACUGGAGCAUCAAUGCAAUAUCAAUGCAAGAGACCACAAGAAAGAAAGUCCCCUUGUAAAAGCUUGUAGAAGAGGUUUUAGCGACAUAGUCAGAACGCUGAUUCAAAAUAAUGCUAUUAUCAAUCUUUGUAAUCAUAAUGAAAUAAGUCCUCUGAGCAUCGCUUGUAUGUAUGGACAUUAUGAAAUUGUUAAAUUAUUAAUUAGCAGUAAUGCUGAUGUUAAUCUAUGUGAUAAAUACAAUAAGAGUCCUUUAUUAUUUGCAUGUCUCCAUGGGAAUCAAAGGACUACAUAUGAUCAUUACAUUGAUGAAAAUAAAUCAGCUGAAACUGUAGGGGUUACUCGAACCAGUGAUGAUUUCAAAAAUAUUGUAGAUCUAUUACUUAGAAAUCAUGCGAUCAUCAACUGCAGAGAUAAUAACGGCAUAAGUCCGCUUCAGGCCGCAUGUUUAAACGAACAUGAAGAAACAGUUAAACUUUUACUUGGUAACGCCACUACUAAACGGAGGAUUCUUGUCGAUAAUAGUGACAGGAUGGGAAGAAGUCAAAUACACUUAGUAUCUGAAAAAAGUUAUGAUAAUAUACUACUCCAAAAUCUAGCUAAUGUUAACAUUCAAGAUGCAAAUGACAAUACACCACUUCUUCAAGCGUCUAAAAGGAAUAAUUAUGGCAUAAGCUGUUUAUUGUUGGAAAAUAGUGCAGAUUUAAAUUUAUGUGAUCGUAAUGGAAAUACACCUUUACACCACGCCUGUUAUAACGGUAAUGAGAAAAUGGUCACGCUUUUUCUUCAUAGAGGUGCUGAUAUUAAUUCAUUAAAUAAAAAUGGAGAGACUCCUCUAAUCAUUGCUUGCAAAAAUAACCAAGAAUGGAUGUUUAAUCUAUUGUUUGAAAAGGGUGCGGAUAUAAACAUGCAGUCCAAAAAUGGAGACACAGCUUUGUUAAUUGCAAGUCGUAACAUGAAUGAUAUCAUUGUUAAACGACUGCUAAACAGGCUAUCCUGUAAACAAGACAUUAACAGUAAUACUAAUUUUAGAGACAAUUUUACAGUGAUCUACAGGAAAUGAUGCUUUAGAGACGAACAUUUAAAACGAGAUUCUGUCAAAGUAUGAAAAUGUGUUCUCCCUGAACUUUGAAGUACAGGGUGUUUCAACAAACAUGCCCGACUUUAAUUUGGAUAUCUAUGUUUUUCCAAAUCAGAAAAUAUGUAUAAAAAACUGCUUUUGGAAGCAAAUUUUACGACAAAUUGUAUUAAAAUGUGACUAUAAGGUAUUAUGCCGCCAUAAUUACUUAUCUAAGAUUUUAUGACAUCAUCAAAAUUUAGGCAAUCAGGUAUUUUCAAAAAUGUAAGACAAAAGAGAUCACUACACUGAUAAAAAGCUUCUCUCUAGAAAAAAGA